AUGCCUACUCUAGUGGUUGCAAAGAAUGACAGUUUUAUUGCUUCAUUUUCUACCAUUGAUUCUAAUUUGUUGAAUGUUAUUGGAGCUUCAUGUAAGCGGCGAGAUAUCCUCCGAGAUAGUCAAGCUAGAAAAGUUAUUGAAGCAUUAGAUAACGGUGAAAUCACAAGUGGUCGUGGCUUAAAUCAAGAAAAAUGUCUUAAGCGUCCAAGUAUUGUUGAAGAUGGUUUAAGUUCUGAGCAGAGAGCUUUUAAUAAAGAGAAAUUAAUCCAGCUUGCUCAUUUUUAUCCAUUGGAAUUCUCUGCUGUGGAACUUAUGGCACUUGAUAAUCAACUUGAAACUUAUAUCAUAGAUGUGCGAACUAGUGAUGAUUUUAUAGAUAUUAAAAGAAUUGGUAAUCUUGCUAAGAAGUUGGUUGAGACAAAAAAAAAAAUUGUUUAUCCUCUAGUCUACUUGAUUAUCAAAUUAGCAUUGACUUUGCCAGUUGCAACUGCAAGUGUAGAAAUGGCAUUUUUCUCAAUGAAGAUUGUGAAGAAUCGAUUAUGUAAUAGAUGGACCAUCAAUUGA